AUGUACGUGAGCUUUCGUCGUGUGCGCGGAUUAGGCUACAUGACGUUUCCAGAAAUGCUAGAGACAAUGCACGAGAAUGAUCUAUUUGAUAUGCUUCCAGUGUUUUCUAAUGCGGUACAUAUCCUUGGAGUAAUACCUUUUACAUUGUGUUCUGCAGAACGAUCAUUCAGUGUGUUGCACAGAUUGAAAACUUACCUCCGCAGCACCAUGGGCAACAAUAGGGAGUUUAAGAUACCGCGACUACGGACUACGACUACGGUUAAACAUGCCACUGUGCAUGAUCAAAACCACGUGACUGUUCAUUUUUCCCGCGUAGUCCUGCGGCUACGGAGAGUUGUUGAGCUGUUUCGCGUAGUCGCGACUACGGAGAACAUUUUGCUCGCAUUUUGCCUUCUCGGUAAUUCAAGAAUCUCGUCUUUUGGUUAAAAAGUUUUCAAUUCACCUGCUUUAAGUGAGGGGGAAGCGAAAUAUGUAAGUUUUGUCUAAUUUCUGCUCAGAUUUACGCUUUUAAUCCAAAGUUGUGACUAUAUUUUUACCUAGCUGGGCUCAUAUUUAAAUAAGCUUAGCUGUUUAUACGCAGAAUUCAGAUUCACGGCUGAGGAGAAGAUAAAUCAUGCAGGUAAUUUACUUUCUCUUCGCACUUGAAAAGUUUCAAUGUUUGUUCGAACUGAUAAGUGUGUCUUUCCACUUGUGUAACCUUUGUUUAUGCCAGUUUUUGUAUCACAUUUGCUGAAUGAAAAUGAUGUAAACAUCUUCGAGACAAUCGAAACUCGGCAUUUCAAUACUUCAAACUACAUCAGAUCAGUAGUCGGAGAAGUCCAUCUUCUAAAUCUAAUAAAUGAGCUAUUACUAUUUCUGUCUAUUUCUUUAAUAUCUGACAUAAGUAUUCAUGGGCGAAAAAAUAAAACCUAAACCAAAACUUUGUUCGCUAAUUUCACCCGACGUAAUUGCUUCUUUCAAGUAGGGAAGAAUUUGCUCAUUGUUCUAAAGAUAAGAUCACAUGCAAAACUGACUUUCAUUUUUGUGAACCGUGAUGAAAACAAGAAAAUCUUUGCGUGUUGUUUCCCUCUCCGCCUCUUCUCUCGUAGUCUACUGUCUGAAGUGCAAUCUUAACGUUCUAUAUUUGCACGACUCAACCCAGUGCUACAAACAAAGGACAACGCUCGUCCAGCCGUAGUUCGUAGUCCGUAGUCUCCGUAUCUUAAACUCCCUAAUGUGUCAGUAACAUCGCACUUAUUAACAUUGAAAAGGCAUAUGCCAACUCUGUAGUCAACAAUGAUAUGGAUCGUAUCAUUGCUAUUUUCGGCAGUCAAAAUGGCAAAGACAGCUAUUUUUAACGUAUUUCAUGACCUCCUAUUUUUAAUAAUAGUUUCAUUUGUAAGAAUACUUUCCCUUCAUAUAUAGGCCUAUGUUGUUGCAUCGUAUGACCCUCAUUUCUUUUCGACUGUUUCGUAAAAAAUUUUGGGCAACUUGCCAGNUGUAAACAUCUUCGAGACAAUCGAAACUCGGCAUUUCAAUACUUCAAACUACAUCAGAUCAGUAGUCGGAGAAGUCCAUCUUCUAAAUCUAAUAAAUGAGCUAUUACUAUUUCUGUCUAUUUCUUUAAUAUCUGACAUAAGUAUUCAUGGGCGAAAAAAUAAAACCUAAACCAAAACUUUGUUCGCUAAUUUCACCCGACGUAAUUGCUUCUUUCAAGUAGGGAAGAAUUUGCUCAUUGUUCUAAAGAUAAGAUCACAUGCAAAACUGACUUUCAUUUUUGUGAACCGUGAUGAAAACAAGAAAAUCUUUGCGUGUUGUUUCCCUCUCCGCCUCUUCUCUCGUAGUCUACUGUCUGAAGUGCAAUCUUAACGUUCUAUAUUUGCACGACUCAACCCAGUGCUACAAACAAAGGACAACGCUCGUCCAGCCGUAGUUCGUAGUCCGUAGUCUCCGUAUCUUAAACUCCCUAAUGUGUCAGUAACAUCGCACUUAUUAACAUUGAAAAGGCAUAUGCCAACUCUGUAGUCAACAAUGAUAUGGAUCGUAUCAUUGCUAUUUUCGGCAGUCAAAAUGGCAAAGACAGCUAUUUUUAA